AUGAACCUCUCACAGCAGACUUCAUUCCUCUUCACCUGUAAUGUCAGCCCGAGUGAGAUGCCACAGCUCAAUAUUGGUGCCACCAAAAGUGAACCUCUGGCAAUUGCUGUCCCCAUGACCGUCUUCUACACGAUCAUCUUCCUGUUUGGAGUCUUAUUCAAUGGUGUGAGCAUACUGACCCUACUCAUGGAUGCUCAUAUGAGAGUUAGUGCCAUUCGUUUCUACCUGCUCAGCCUGGUCAUAUCAGACAUUUUGCAACUGUUAACAAUCCCAGUGACUUUGUAUCGGUACUACUGGGAAAGCUACCCAUGGCGCCUGGGGCAAGCAGUAUGCAAGGUCUACUUCAUGGUCCGCCAAGUGUACUGUGCCACCACAAGCUGGGUUAUCAUGACCUUCACCACUGAGCGCUAUGCAGCCAUUUGCCACACCAUGUGGUCUGUUUCCAGCUUGAAGAAGUCUAGGCUGCCAUGCCUUCUCUCAGUAUGGAUCAUUUCUCUGGUCUCAGCGGUGCCCUUUGCUCUGGUCUAUGAUCAGGCACGUGCCUGCAUCCUGGACUACACGGCCACCACUCAAGAAGACGCCUUCCAUGUGUCCACCAUGUGUGAAAUGAUAGAGCCUGAUCCUGCACACAUCUACAAAGGAGCUUUACUCCUGAGAGCGGGAUUCUUCUUUCUGAUCCCACUGGUCUCCAUCUUUACUCUCUAUCUGCUCAUCCUGCUCUACCUGAGAAGGAAUGGACGCCAAAGGAGAAACAUGGGGCUCACGCAGCUGGAUCCUGAAGGAAGACGAGAUGUCCAGUGCCAUCAGAAUGGAAAGCUACUUUCAAAUGAAAAGAGAGCUCUAAAACUCAUGGGUGCAGUCGUGGUGGCCUUUUUUGUUUGCAACUUUCCGGACAUUGCCUCGUCGCUGAUGCAGGUCUACGUGGUUGUGUGGUCCGACACCGUCCUUUCUGUCUACACAAUCCUGAAAUCAUACUUGUCACUUCCGCUGUGGUAUAUCAACGGUGCUCUGGACCCGCUGCUUUUCUGUAUCUCCUCCCACACAUUUCGUAGAGCUUGCUGGAGAACUCUGGGUAGGCUCAGGCCUCGCUGCUACUGGACGUACAGGGGCAUGUCUUGGCUGUGGCAGAGAAGUUCUAGUGAAGAAACAAGCACUACAGCCAGAGAGAGGAUUGAUGGUAAAUGCUACAGAGAGGAUGGACAAAGAGAGAAAUACAGUCGUUAA